AUGCAGAAGACACGUCGCGACUUUACUGUGCAUCAACACAAAGUUCUUGAGGCUGUGUUAUGGUUAAAGACAAACAAUCCGUUCUUGAAAGACAUCGAAAUUGAUAGAGAUGUCAUCCAAAGUUUACCAGAAAAUGUUAUUCCCAAUGAGCUAAGGUAUGUCAUUGAUGAAAAUGAGCUUUCGGUUCCUGUUGAAAAUGAGGGGCCUCCCCAAGACCCAGUAAUGAGUGCUAAUGGAAGUGUGGAAGAGUUAGUUUUAGGAAAUGGCAGUACAUCGUUUAUUCCUAUGCGUCAAAGACAGAGAACAGAAGGUGCAGCUAUCCAAGAUGCAGUAAAUGAGGCUGAUCCAUUAGACUGGCCAUCUACUGAAGGUAAUCUCGUUAAUGAAUUUAAAACAGAUGGUUUAGCUACUAUGGCCUUUCCUACAUUGUUUCCUUAUGGGAAGGGUGACCCAACAAAUAGGGCAAGAAAACAUGGUAUAACGUUAAGCGAAGCUUUCAAACACUUAAUGAAGUUUGCAGAGAGCCUUGCAGAUGGUAAAUUUGAAUGGAGGUCUGCAUCUUACCCACGGUUUCCUUAUUGGGCGUUAAACAUGAAACAAUGGCAUCAGCUGUUGUCACAAGCGAAUGUUUACUUGCGUCAACAUCCUGCUGAUGCAAAUAUGACAAUGGAAGAACUGAAACAGAUGGUCAAUUCCAUGAGUGCGAAUAGGUUGCAACGCUAUGUGUCCAAAGUACAAGGUACGAAUCAGUAUUGGUAUCAGCGGCUGCAGGAAUUGCUGGCCCUGAUUGAACACAAAGGCUGCCCUACUUUUUUCUUUACCUUUAGUGCAGCUGACAUGCAUUGGCCAGACUUACAGAGACUGUUACAAAAUGAUGAAGGUGCAACCAGAUCUGAGCGAGCACAAGCUGUAAUCGAUAAUCCCAACCUAACUGAUUGGUCCUUUAUGCAGUGGCUGCAGGAGUUUGUCAGACAUUGGCUUAAUGGCAUCUUGGAUGCCGAGUGGCACUGGUAUCGAUUUGAGUACCAAGCUAGGGGAAGUAUUCAUUGCCACAGAUGUGCAAAGUUUAAAAAUGACCCCGAUACUCGAAAAUUACAUAAUAAAGCAUGUGUUGCAUUCCUAGAGAGUGAGACAACAAGGUUUAAAAUGUCACCUGAUGAUUUUGAAUUCCUUUGCGGGGAUGUGACUAGACAAGGAGAAGAUGCCGAGAAGUUGUUAAUACAGUAAGAAAAAAUAUUUUCCAUAUUAUAGUAUUAAUUAUUGUUUCCAAUGUAUAGACCAUGCUAACUCAUGUGCACAAUCUGAUAUUUGUGGGAUAUUCUAUGAUAUUUUUAUUGAUGAAGUUACUUGAUGAGCAUGAAAUUAAUUGUUUGAAUAAUAAUAUGACUUUAAAGAUUGGGCAAGAAGCCUUCAAAUGCAGGACAGUUAAUUUGAUACGUUGUGACAAAUUUAUGGUGAUAUAGAAUGCCGAAUUGUAAGUUACCAAGGGUGGGUUGACUACAAAAUUUUUGUAGUUCGCUAUAACUACAGCUACUUCAAAAAUAUGUAGUCAGCUACAACUACUGCUACUUUUGAACAAAGGUAGUUUGCUACUGACUACAGCUACUGCUUAAAAAAUGUAGCGAAUUAUUUCGCUAUUUCGCUACACUAUAUAUUUUUAGUUUUACUAUAUACGAGUAACCAACAGUAAACACAAAGCAACAUUUUGUAAGCACUACAGUGUUCAGGAGUGCAAAUUGACUAUAUUGAGUAUUGAUUUUAAGCAAACCGUGUCUCAAUAUCAUGCUAUUCUAUCAAGUUGCUAACAAUUUUAAAAAGUAGCGAAUAGCGAUUCGCUGUUUGAAAAGUAGUCAACUACUUGGCUACUUUCAGGCAAAAUGUAGUUCGGUAUAACUACAACUACUGUUUUAAAAAAGUAAUCAAAACCUACUGGCUACUUGAAAAUUGUAGUUCGCUACAGUAGCGAACUACAACUACUUCGCUACAACCCAACCUUGUAAGUUACACAAUACCAGAUCCCACUUCUCAUAACAUCGGAUUAUUUUACAGUUAUAGGAAUCUCUUACCUCCUACUUAAUAUAUUGCAUUUCAAAAUACCAUGAAAACUGUACAAGGCAUGCUCCCAAAUGUUCAUGCCAACUAAAAAGCGAAUUCAAUAUUGUGUAACCAGUAACCACUGGUGCGUAUUUAAUAAUAUGACUAAAUAAUACUCAACUAUAUAAAGCUAAUAAAGGCCGGGUAUAAACUACACAACUUCUGCCUAAAACUGUCUCAAGCAACCUACUUACAACUUGAGUGUACUGUGUAAAUGAAGCACACAACUCACCUAUGACAAUGUAAGCAAGUUACAGUGUCGACUUGUGUCUUGUGUGCUUGACAUACAUAGUUCAACUCAAGUUGUUCAAACAGCUGGCAUGCGAGAUUUUUAAGCAAAAGUUAUGUAGUGUAAAUCGGCAUUUAAUACACAAAACACUCACCAAAUAUCCAGAGGUCUUUGGCCCAUGUUUUUAUUAUUAAGCAUAUUAUAUUAUAAUAGUAUAUCUUCGCUACAGUUAAAAUUGAAAAGUAACAAUCUUUUACAUGUAAACAAAAAUUCUUUAUAAAUUCAUUAAAAGGUUUAAUUUUCCUCAAAGGAAUUUUCAAUAAUUUCUAAAGAUUUCAUUGGAAUGUAAGGAAUUAUGUAAAUAGAAAGUGGAAAUUUUAUUUCACUCAGUCAGUGGUCCAAUUAAAACUGUUUUAUAACUAUAAUUUGGUAAUAUUUGUGACUAAAAGAACGAGAGCAUGUGUUUAAUAAUAAGUUAUGAUUAUUAACUUAAAGGUAUGUUGACUGGCUGGUGACAAUUUUUAAUGAGGAAUUGCCAGAUGAAAACUGGAGGAUACCAGACCCACACCCAUCUGCUGUUAGCGCUACAACAGUGGAUAAUCGUGACAAUGAUUAUCACAG